GUGCCGGGGCAGCCGCGAGCCCUGGAGCCGCUUCUCGCCAUUGCCCUGUGAGGUGUGAGGGGCAGCGCUGACAAACCGGUGAAUCCUGCGUCAAGCUUUCGUUGUGGCGGCGUAGAAAUAAAUGCUUAGCGGUGUACACGGGCAGGAAAUUUAUUUUAUCUGGUAACAUUGAUUCUGAAAAAUGGACAGCGACAUUUGUCAAGUUUACGAAGAUGAAAUCCAGUCACUGAAAGAGGAAAUUAAACUAUUGUCUAAAAAGUAUGAAGAUAGCCAACAGGAAUCCACCUAUUUUUCUGAUAAGGAGAUACUAAUGUCAGUAAAAUCAUUACAAAGAGAACUUCAGGGAGAAUCUGAGGGACAUGAAUCUGCAGCAGACCUGCAAGCUCAACUUGAAAGUCUAGAAACAGAUCUCUCAUUUUUAAUGAAACUUACUGGUAUUCAGUUCACAGGUCUUUCCAAGAAAACACUGGAAAGAACUGGAAACAAAACGGUGAGGAAGUACAGAUUAUCAGGGAGUUGCUGUUCCUUGUCUUUUCAAUUGGAAUUCCAGCUUCUUGAAAUGCAGAACAAAGGAAAUGUGUCUGCUGCUAUUACUGAUCUCAGUAUUACAAUGGAGCCUAGGGGUAAUUCAGAUUUGGACAACUUUGUGUCAAGCAGUGAAAAAUGUGGAAGUCUUUUAACAUUUUUCAGAAGUCUUUCAUCUUAUGCUGAGUGGUAUGAACAUCGCAGAUGCACCUUCCUACAUUUCAAGGAAAAAUACCCUGACAUUGUGAGCCUUCCAGAAGGCCUCCUGGGAGAUUAUAUCCUGCUGAGGAACCCCAAAGCUUCUGGGUUUGAAUUAAUGAUUGUUUGGAAGAUACACAUCAAUGAGAAAGGGAAAACUACACCUGUCCUGGACCUUCUGACUAAAGUACCAAAGCAAGUCCUGGACCAGAAGAUGGCAGCUAUAGAGAAUGCACCCACCCGCUUCCGGAGCAUGCUGCUUGUGGUUGGGAUCGAGGAAGCGAUUGAGAACCUGGUCAACAUCUUUGUCUCAGAAAGAUGAAUACCAGCCUUAUUUACAGAGGAAAUUCCUGGUUACAAAUGCAUCACAUUUCAUACAUUCAUCCCUGAAGAAACCAGAGUGGACAGAUCUCCCUUCACUUC